AUGCUGGUACGACAUGCAGGAAUUGGUAUCACCCACCAGAGCUCCCAGCAUGAUGCCCCUCUCCUUUUGGCUGGGAAAAGGCUCGAUGGCCAGCAAUCUGCCCAGAUGGCCAACUCUCUUCUCUUACAUUCGGAAUUGGAUGUGAAUCAAUCGGACUCCAAAGGGCAAACGGCUCUAUGGCACGCUGUCAACCGUUGUGCCUCCGCUUGGUCUGCAUGCCGCGCAGGCAAUUUUCCCGCAGCGAAGGCCCUCCUCCUCAACCAAAAAAGCCCUACGGGAACCACCCCACUCCAACUAGCUGUUAUCCUGAAUCAUCUGUCCAUUGUCUCAGUUCUUCUCCGAGAAGGCAUUUGCAACUUGGUUAAUAUUAAUGCCACUGGUCCUCAACAGUGGACUGCCAUUUUCUUUGCCGCAUCCAACGGGUUUGUUUCAGUGACCAAAUCGUUGCUGAAACAUCCUGACAUCGAUUUGAAUUUGAUUGAUGACCAAGGACGAACCCCACUCUGGUGGGCAGAACAUGGACAGCAUUCGAGAGUGGUUGAUCUGCUGCACAGGCACAGUCGAUCGAGCAGGCAGAAGCGUCAUCUGGCACGUGGCGUGUCCAAAUAA